AUGGCCACCCAUUCUCGAAACGAGGCUUUGAUGUGCAAAGUUUUUCCAUCCAGUCUAGGACCCUUGGCGAUGAGGUGGUUCAACAUCUUGAAAACGAACUCCAUAGAUUCCUACAAGCAGCUCACCCAAGCCUUUGGCUCUUGUUUCAUUACGAACAGCAGGGUUCCUCGGCCUCUGAGUUCAUUAUUGUCAUUGUCCAUGCAUGAAGGGGAAACUUUAAAAGCGUACUCAGACAGAUAUUGGGAAAUGUACAACGAGAUGGAUGGUAACUACGACGACGUCACCAUCAGUAUGUUUAAAAGCGGUCUCCCCACCAAACAUUGUUUAAGGAAAUCCCUAACUGGUAAACCUAUUACUAGUGUUCGUCAACUUAUGGACUGGAUUGACAAAUACAAAAGGGUGGAAGAGGACCAACUACAAGGGAAAGGAAAGGAAAAGAUCAUCCCUUACAAGAGGAAUGAUUUUAGGUUGGAACGAUACAGCAAUAACCAUCCGAGAAGAGAUUUUGCGGGGCAAUCUGGGUCAACCAACAUGCAAGUGGUUAACGCCGUAUUCAGAGAACUGGUACAAUAG